GCCUUGCAAUGUCCUUGUGCACUCGAGAGAUCAAUAGAGAUCGAUGUGUUGACAAAGGAUGGAUGAAUGGCCUACGGCUUCACUUUUGGCUUCACUUCAGCGGACUGGUCCUUUGCAUGGCCGAUAUGAAUAUCAAUGACAGAGCCAGAGAUGCACUGCCGCGGCUGCUACAGAUCAACGAAAGUUUUGGUCCGUUUGCCAAAUGCACUGAAUUGGCCUGUACACAACGUUUGGAACUUGCAGCUUUGCAGAUCAAUCUGUUCAAGUGCUGACAGCAGCAACGACGGUCAGGAGAUCAACUUCAACUUGCUUGGCUUCCAGCAGAAUGAGGUGUACCCAGGCUGGAUAGCAGAUGAAACGGGGCAUGGCAGUCAUGGCCAGAGCAGCCGAUUGCUCUUGGCCAUCGUCGCAACUUUUUUUCGGCAAAUUUCGUGAUGUCGUUGGCCAAAAAGGACCAGCUUUGUACAUCUGCUCCCGGCACGUCCAAAACGGCACGUCCAAAACAUGGGAUGGGCCGAAUCGAAGGUGUUUGAGAGUUGUCCGCAGCCAAAGAUGCAAUGCGGCAAGUGGUGAAAAGUAAAGACAUUGAGUUUAUCGUCGAU